CUUGUUGCCAUGGCGACAGCGCUGUUGGGCUAAAGGGCUGCUCUGGCAGCCAAUAGAAGCUAGGAGAAGGCGGUGCCAACUGGGUCUUUUGCGGCUGCGGCGGGCUUGCAGGUUCGUGGACGCGGCAUUGGGGGAGGGGACGGGGGUCGCGGGGCUACUGGGAGUCCCAGUCCAGCCUAAGACCUCUGGGCGUGGUGGGCACCGGCCUUCGCCGUCGGAGCAGGGGUCCCAGACUCGCACCCAAAAGUUCCCGACGGGCCCGAGCGGGGAGGAGCUGCGGGGCGGGCAGAGGCGGAGAUGGCGGAGGGCGGUGGGACGAGAUGCGCGGGUCAGAGCCGGGCCUUAAGAAGAAAUUGGAGGCCCCUGGCAGCGGUGUCCCCUCGGGGACCCCUCUGCCGGGCCCACCAGGUGUCCGGCUUUGCUGGCCCAGCAAGCCUGAUAAGCAUGAAGCUCUUAUCUUUGGUGGCUGUGGUCGGGUGUUUGCUGGUGCCCCCAGCUGAAGCCAACAAGAGUUCUGAAGACAUCCGGUGCAAAUGCAUCUGUCCACCUUAUAGAAACAUCAGUGGGCACAUUUACAACCAGAAUGUAUCCCAGAAGGACUGCAACUGCCUGCACGUGGUGGAGCCCAUGCCAGUGCCUGGCCACGACGUGGAGGCCUACUGCCUGCUGUGCGAGUGCAGGUACGAGGAGCGCAGCACCACCACCAUCAAGGUCAUCAUUGUCAUCUACCUAUCCGUGGUGGGUGCCCUGUUGCUCUACAUGGCCUUCCUGAUGCUGGUGGACCCUCUGAUCCGAAAGCCGGAUGCAUACACUGAGCAACUGCACAAUGAGGAGGAGAAUGAGGAUGCUCGCUCUAUGGCAGCAGCUGCUGCAUCCCUCGGGGGACCCCGAGCAAACACAGUCCUGGAACGCGUGGAAGGUGCCCAGCAGCGGUGGAAGCUGCAGGUGCAGGAGCAGCGGAAGACAGUCUUCGAUCGGCACAAGAUGCUCAGCUAGAUGGGCUGGUGUGGUUGGGUCAAGGCCCCAACACCAUGGCUGCCAGCUUCCAGGCUGGACAAAGUAGGGGGCUACUUCUCCCUUCCCUUGGUGCCAGUCUUCCCUUUAAAAGCCCGUGGCAUUUUUCCUCCUUCUCCCUAACUUUAGAACUGUUGUACUUGGCUAUUUGGAUUAGGGAAGAGGGAUGCGGUCUCUGAUCUCUGUUGUCUCCUUGGGUCUUUGGGGUUGAAGGGAGGGGGAAGGCAGGCCAGAAGGGAAUGGAGACAUUCCAGGCGGCCUCAGGAGUGGAUGCGGUCUCUCUCUCUCCUGGCUCCACUCUUGCCACCUUCCAGCUCUGAGUUUUGGGAAUGUUGUUACGCUUGGAAGAUAAAGCUGGGUCUUCAGGAACUCAGUGUCUGGGUGGAAAGCAUGGCCCAGCAUUCAGCAUGUGUUCCUUUCUGCAGUGGUUCUUAUCACCACCUCCCUCCCAGCCCCAGCACCUCAGCCCCAGCCCCAGCCCCAGCCCCAGCUCCAGCCCUGAGGACAGCUCUGAUGGGAGAGCUGGGCCCCCUGAGCCCACUGUGGUCUUCAGGGUGCACCUGGAAGCUGGUGUUCCCUGUCCCCUGUGCACUUCUCCCACUGGGGCAUGGAGUGCCCAUGCAUACUCUGCUGCCAGUCCCCUCAUCUGCACUUGAGGGGGCUGGGCAGUCCCUCCUCUCCCCGGUGUCCACAGUCACUGAGCCAGAUGGUUGGUUGGAACAUGAGACUCAAGGCUGAGCGUGGAUCUGAACACCACAGCCCCUGUCCUUGGGUCGCCUCUUGUCCCUGAACUUCGUUGUACCAGUGCAUGGAGAGAAAAUUUUGUCCUUCUCUUGUCUUAGAGUUGUGUGUAAAUCAAGGAAGCCAUCAUUAAAUUGUUUUAUUUCUCUCA